AUGGUGGCUGAAUGGGCAUGGCUGAAAGGCUCUGCAUCGCAUCAGUGUGGUCAAGUGGAGAUGCACGGGAAUACCACGCCGUCAGGAGAGCUGGGGAACCACUCACUUUCCAAAACUCCACACCUGAGCAAGAUUUUGGCAAUGCCAACACUUUGUAGCCCUGCAGUAUUUGCCAAACAUCCAGGACAUGGCCUCCUGUCAUGGGACAGACUGAUUCACCUUCCUGACAGAAAUCAGAAAUGGAAUGUGGUGGGCAUAGCAGAAAACCGUUUAUGUAGGAAAAGACACUCCAAAAAUCAUGGUAUCCAGAGGAAUGGACAGCAGCUUUCGCAAUGCCGACAUGCUUCAGCUUGGACUAGCACAAUUUUACAGCCAGGCUGUACAAAAGCAAACCUUCAAGUCAUGUCAAGUGCCCAGGAAUACCUAAGAGAAGAAAAAAGGUGUAAAGGGUAUAUACCCAGUUACUUAGACAAGGAUGAGCUGUGCGUAGUCUGUGGGGACAAAGCCACCGGAUAUCAUUAUCGCUGCAUCACUUGCGAAGGUUGCAAGGGUUUUUUUAGAAGAACCAUUCAGAAAAACCUCCAUCCAACCUAUUCCUGUAAAUAUGAAGGAAAAUGUGUGAUAGACAAAGUAACAAGAAAUCAGUGCCAGGAAUGUCGCUUCAAAAAAUGUAUCUUUGUUGGCAUGGCAACAGAUUUGGUGUUGGAUGACAGCAAGCGGUUGGCAAAAAGGAAGCUGAUAGAAGAAAAUCGAGAGAAGAGACGUCGGGAAGAGCUGCAAAAAACAAUUGGGCACAAACCAGAGCCAACGGAUGAGGAAUGGGAGCUCAUCAAAAUCGUUACUGAAGCACACGUGGCCACCAAUGCACAAGGAAGCCACUGGAAGCAGAAGAGGAAAUUUUUGCCAGAAGAUAUUGGGCAGGCACCAAUAGUUAAUGCCCCAGAAGGUGGGAAAGUGGAUUUAGAAGCCUUCAGCCAGUUUACAAAAAUUAUCACACCAGCGAUUACAAGAGUGGUGGAUUUUGCCAAAAAGUUGCCUAUGUUUUGUGAGCUGCCAUGUGAAGACCAGAUCAUCCUUCUGAAAGGCUGCUGUAUGGAGAUAAUGUCCCUCCGAGCAGCAGUUCGCUAUGACCCCGAGAGUGAGACUUUAACACUAAAUGGGGAGAUGGCGGUGACAAGGGGCCAGCUGAAAAAUGGGGGUCUUGGCGUAGUGUCUGAUGCCAUUUUUGACCUGGGCAUGUCUCUUUCUUCAUUUAACCUGGAUGACACCGAGGUUGCCCUUCUUCAGGCUGUUCUGCUCAUGUCAUCAGAUCGCCCAGGCCUUGUUUGCGUCGAGAGGAUAGAAAAGUGUCAAGAGGGUUUCCUCCUGGCAUUCGAACACUACAUUAAUUACAGAAAACACCAUGUUGCACACUUUUGGCCAAAACUGCUGAUGAAAGUGACAGACCUGCGAAUGAUCGGAGCCUGCCAUGCCAGCCGCUUCCUGCACAUGAAGGUGGAGUGCCCCACAGAACUCUUUCCUCCGUUGUUCCUGGAAGUGUUUGAGGAUUAG